CGAUGGAAUUUGAAGCUAAGGAUGAGUUGAUUUGUGAGUAAGGAUCGAGGCGUAUAAAAUGGGCCCUUCCUUUCUUUUCAAUUGACACCACAAAUUUUCAUCUCUUCCGGUCGCCGCCGUCCACUCUUCUCUCAAACCAAACGUCAUGGCAUCUUCUCUCUUCCCUUUCAACACCUCUCUCUCUCCCAAACCCGAUUCUCUCUUACGCCGUCCCACUCGCAGGAAUUCUUCCUCUCCUUUCACCCUCGUCUGUUCCUCCGCCACUUCCGACUCUGCCCCCUCCCCUGUUAUCGACUCAUCUCUGCCCCUCGGAGUUCACACCCAUCAGUUCCAAGACGAUUCCCAUCGCCAUCGUUCUGUAGCCGUUGAUGUCGGCCAUAAUUUCUCGGCGAAGUAUGUGCCCUUUGGUUCUGGCUAUGAUUCCUCCGAAUGGUACUCGCUCGACGAUAUCGUUUAUAGGAGUCGGUCCGGCGGGCUGCUCGAUGUUCAGCACAACAUGGAUGCGUUGAAGAAGUUCGACGGAGCGUAUUGGCGAAAUCUGUUCGAUUCGCGCGUGGGGAAGACGACCUGGCCGUACGGCUCCGGCGUGUGGAGCAAGAAAGAGUGGGUAUUGCCGGAGAUUGACUCCAGCGACAUCGUCAGCGCCUUCGAAGGUAAUACGAAUCUUUUCUGGGCCGAGCGUUUUGGGAAACAGUUUCUAGGUAUGAAUGAUCUGUGGGUAAAACAUUGCGGGAUUAGCCACACCGGCAGUUUCAAAGACCUUGGCAUGACUGUUUUGGUCAGCCAAGUCAAUCGCCUCCGGAAAAUGAACCGCCCAGUCGUCGGCGUCGGUUGCGCCUCAACUGGAGACACCUCUGCCGCUCUCUCUGCCUAUUGUGCCGCCGCAGGAAUUCCAUCUAUUGUCUUCCUUCCCGCCGAUAAAAUUUCCAUGGCGCAAUUAGUUCAACCGAUUGCAAACGGCGCUUUCGUAUUAAGCAUGGAUACCGAUUUCGACGGCUGUAUGAAACUAAUCCGUGAAGUGACGGCGGAGCUUCCGAUUUACCUGGCGAAUUCUCUCAACAGUUUGAGAUUGGAAGGGCAAAAGACGGCCGCCAUUGAAAUCCUUCAACAGUUCGAUUGGGAAGUACCGGAUUGGGUAAUCAUACCGGGAGGAAACCUAGGGAAUAUAUAUGCAUUUUACAAAGGGUUUGAAAUGUGCAAAGAAUUGGGCCUCGUCGACAAGAUUCCCCGCUUGGUUUGUGCUCAAGCGGCAAAUGCAAAUCCGCUUUACUUGUAUUACAAAUCUGGCUGGGAAGAGUUCUCGCCAUUGAAGGCAACCACGACUUUUGCUUCUGCAAUACAGAUUGGGGAUCCGGUUUCCAUAGAUAGAGCUGUGUUCGCUCUGCAAAACUCCAACGGAAUUGUGGAAGAAGCAACGGAGGAGGAACUAAUGGACGCCACAGCUCAGGCUGAUUCGACGGGGAUGUUCAUUUGUCCUCACACAGGAGUGGCAUUAACAGCUCUGAUUAAGCUCAGAAACCGCGGCAUCAUCGGAGGCAGUGACCGGACGGUGGUGGUAAGCACUGCACAUGGUCUGAAAUUUACUCAAUCCAAGAUCGAUUACCACUCGAGAGCAAUCUCGGGCAUGGAAUGCCGAUUUGCAAACCCGCCGGUGGAAGUGAAAGCGGAAUUUGGGGCUGUUAUGGAUGUUCUUAAGGAGCAUUUGUCGAGGAAGAGUCCUAAAUUUUGAGUUAUAGAGAAACGCCAUUGAUUAAUCUUCAGGUCCAGGUAUCGAAGACUCUGUUUCUGAGGUUGUAGUUGGUUUUGUUUAAUAUUUGUGAUGAAAAAAAAUACAGAUUACCCCCUCGGCUUUUGCUGUUUCUCCUAAGUUUUGUGUAUACUAUUUAUUUCUUUCUUUCUUUC